AUGGAUAUAGAAAGGUUUGAAGACUUCAAGGUUAAAUUGUAUGACCGAAAACAAAAACUCUUGGUGUUUGAAAAGAAGGUAGCAUGGAUAGUAGGUGGUGUAAUGAUACGGCAAAUAAAUCUUGAAAGUCCCAUCAUUGACUGCUUCUUCACCAUUUUUGCAGAUCAAAAGUUCAAUGAUAAAGCCAUUACAGGGGACUCAUUAAACAAUCACAAUGUAUUGGUGAUAGUACUUGAAGAUCAGAUUAGAGUUUAUGAUGAAUUGAAAUCUGUCUCCAUUGUUAGCUUUCCAAUACAUAUACACAAUGCUUUUCCUUUUCAUAGAGGAAUAGUGAUAGGCAAAAGAUUUGAAGUAGCUCCGCCGUGUGAUUCAUUUGCAAACACCCCCAAAGCAUUCUCUGUGAACGAUCCAAUCAAAUCCACUCAGGGAUCUCCAUUUUCCGCCCAGUUUUCAACUCCGUUUUCGUCACAUAUAAUGUACACAAAUAUUCCUUCUUCAGCAGUUUAUACAGAAAGCAACUUCUUGACUUUAACUGACCCAAUUGAAGAAUUGGGAACUGUGGUUUCAUCUUCUACCACGUACUUUUCUCAGAAAGAAGAAAUGAUAUUAUAUCCUGAAACCACAUCCUCUUCAUUGGCUGCAACCUAUAACUCGGUCGAUCAAACAAUUUUGCUAUACUACACUAGAUAUUUAUCGAAGCCAAAAAGUUCAAGCUCAAAGUCUUACUCAAGCACUCAGAUAGGGAGAAAAAAUAGCAAGCGAUCUAUUUCAUCGGCAGGACUACUAAAUGCCUCAUCAGCGAGAACUUUUGAUGAUGAUGGGAGACACUUCAGGGCAACAUCAAAUCCAUUGUCUUAUGACAGAAUGGCAUCUGGCACAGAACAUGUGUCGGACACUAUAGGUAGCACAUCUGGAAUAUUUUCAUAUUCUUCAAUGGAAAACUGGAGCUUGAGAAAAGAUGUUAUUUUUACAAAGGUCAGUUCAAUACCCUUCAAAUCAGAUAAAUCUUUCCUUAAAAUAUUCAAUCUUUACUAUAGUGAUAGAGAAGCAGUGGUUGUUGUUAACUCUGAGAUACAUUCGAUUGAUAUAUAUAUAUUUGAGAAAUCAUCCAACCAAGUUGUACUUUCAAAAUUCAAAGAUAACAUAUCGUUGAAAGGAAUAGAUGCUGCAAAGUUUGAUUUAGGAAAAGUUUCUUCAUCUUAUAUUGUGUUGUUAAAAAACAGUCACGAGAUAGUUCUUUUCAACCCUUUUUACGAGCUUUUAUCACCAUCCAUCAAUUUGUCUGCUAAAUGCCCGCCUAUCAUAAGUAUAGAUGACACUAAUGACUCUGAAAUAUCAUUUUUAUGUGAUGAUAGAAAGCAUUAUGUUUUCUACCUCCAGACUAAGAUUCACGAUCAGCAUGUUUGGACAUUCGUUACUUCGUUAAAAUAUUUAAGCCAUGAUCUGAUUUAUGAAAAUUUUUGGCUCCACUGGUGUGCCAAUGUCUCAUUGAAUAUUCCUAAUUGUGAUGAAUGGAAACUUUAUGUCGUAACUCUUUUAUCAAUGAGUUUGCCCGAAAAUGCUGAUUUUAGUUUAGUCAAUACCUCUCUCAAUGAAAUAACAGAGCUUAUACCAUACAUUGAGCUUGCCAGGUCUUCUUAUAAACACAAUGUUUCAACCACAUUUUCAGCUGCUGCCGAACUAUCUCUGGAAUCCCUUCUACCAAAAAUAGUGUUAUCUUUACAUGUGAUAAGAGAAGAUUUGAGGUUGAAUAUAUUGGCCAGUAAAAGAUACGAUCAGCUAUCAGUUUUACUUUCUCAACUGGUUCACUGGAUGUCAUGGUCAAAAUCGUGGAAAGAAUAUUAUCCAGUGGAUGCAAAGGAGAUCGAUCUGUCUUUACAAUUUUCGCUGGCUGAAUAUAUUUCUAAACCUCGAAACAUUUUGGAAUCAUUGGGAAGUUUAUUUUCGGGCCAACUAGUUCCCUACAUCACAUUUUCAAUAAUUGCAGGGGAAGAAGAAAUAAUUGAUAAACUAGUGAUACCCAGAACCUAUAACAUUUUGCGCUUAUUUGAAGUUAUUGUCUCAUCCGAAUUUGAGAAUCUGGAUCUGAUCAGAACUAUGGUAUCUUUUGGAAUUGAUGUGCUUGAAAUUGAAACUUAUCCUCCUGGAAUUUUUUUUGUUUUCAAAAAUACAAUUGAGUUAUGUCAAAAAAAAUUGAAGUCCAAUUGGAAUGUCACAGUUGAAGAGCUAAAACUAAUUGGAAGGAAUGAUCUUUUGAAUCUUGACUCGGUCAAGAAUGAACUGACAGUAACCGCACAGACUGGCAAUGUUCCUUCAAAAGGUAUAAAAGAUAUAUUAUCUGAACUAUCUAAUAAUGAAGUUCUAAGUGCGUGGGAUGGGCAAGCUGAAGCUGACAAAUUUCAUGUAACAAGGUUGAUUUUUUCACAAGAUCGUCGGUUUUACGAGCUAACGAAGUUAUUGCAAACUUCAAAAGUACAGACUGUAACAUACGAGGCAGAUCCGACUAUGGAUGACUACGAUAAAAUCAUAUGUCAGCGUGCAAUAGCUGCCAAAAUUGCUCUUCGAACAUUGACUACUCCAAUAGGAAGAGGGGUAGUGUUCAAUUCAAGCAGAAAACCGUUGGUGACUGAAGGUUUUCCAAUUCCUAAAAUGAAUUUCAGUACAUUAGUGCUUCCAGAUAACAUCAAUGUUACUUUGGAGAAUGAUUCUAUUCCUCAGUGCUUGUUAGACUGGGGAUACUUUCACAAUGGAACCAGUGCUGGUCUCUCGGUUUCCAAAGAAUUUGAAGGAAUAAGUGGAAGCUGGGUGGUGUUUAACAGACCACCUGUCUUGAAUGCACAACAUGCGGGAUUCUUACUAGGAUUGGGACUUAAUGGUCAUCUAAAACAACUUGAAGAAUGGCAUAUAUAUAAUUAUUUGGGUCCUAAGCAUAUUUACACAAGUAUUGGUUUACUAAUUGGAAUGGCAGCAAGUUUAAAACGUUCCAUGGAUAUCAAGAUGACCAAGGUGCUAUCUGUCCAUGUUGUUGCAUUUUUGCCUCCAGGAUCCACAAAUCUUAAUGUUCAACUUCCUGUUCAAACUGCGGGUAUAAUUGGUAUUGGAUUGAUUUAUCUUGAAACUCAGCAUAGAAGAAUGUCUGAAGUAUUAUUAGCUCAAAUCAGCUCAACCCUUAUCAUAAACGAUAAAAAAGUAGUAAAUGAAGGAUAUCAACUAGCAGCUGGGCUUGCAUUGGGAUACAUCAAUUUAGGUAAAGGAGAUAUGAUGUUAUCAUCUCAUGAUAGCCAUAUAAUUGACAGUCUACUUUCUUAUGGCACAUCAAUCCGUGACAUUCAAACUUUAAAAGAACUCGAUAAGUCUUGCUCAGGUGCUGUUAUGGCAUUAAUGUUCAUGUUCUUGAAAACGAAUACUCUAGAGGUAGCAGAAAAACUCAGCCUACCUAAAACGAUACAAUUGUUGGAGUAUGUGAGACCUGAUUUGUUGAUGCUCAGAAGCCUUGCAAAGAACAUGGUCAUGUGGAACCAAAUUGAGCCUAACAAAGAAUUUGUUGAAAGUCAGAUUCCUACAUGUAUCUCCAAACGUCACUUUAUUGAGUCAAUUAACGCUUUGGAUACCAACAUUUUACCGUACAUAAAUAUUCUAUCGGGUGAACUUUUGUCUAUCGCUGUGUGUUUUGCAUCAACUGCCAAUUUUGACGCAAAAAAAACCUUACUUUAUUACCUUGAUCUUUUACUAAGUCUCAGCUUUUUAGAGCCUCUUAACUAUGACGGAAAAGUUGCUUUGAUUGGUGUUCGCAAUGCUAGAGAUGUUGUGAUUCUUGGACUAUCAAUUAUAAUGGCUGGAACAGGUGACCUUGAUAUUAUGAGGAGGUUAAGAUACCUUCAAGGAAUUACUGAUGAGUAUACCAAAUAUGGGAACUAUAUGGCCACCAAUAUGUCAUUAGGAUUUCUAUUCCUUGGUGGUGGUCAACAGGCUUUCAAUACUAAUGAUAACUUUGCAAUUGCUGCCUUGAUCACCUCUAUCUACCCAAUGUUUGGAUCUAACAACUACGAGGCAUUAUGCGAUGCAGAGGGAAAAUCCUCAAAUGAAUUGAAUGACCUUCAUUUACAAGCAUUACGCCAUUUUUGGGCUCUAGCAGUUGAAAAUCGAUGUCUUGUGGUGAGAGAGGUUCAUAGUGAAAAGCCCGUUAAAGUUGAUGUUGAUGUUGUAUUGAAGAACAAAACGACAAUCAGGAUUCCUUCUCCUUGCUUGCUACCGGAUUUAAGCUUUAUUCACAAAAUUAGUGUCAACUCGAAAAAUAGUUACUUCCCUGUGGAAUUUGAUUUAGCUAGAUCUUCUGCUAGUGCAAACGAUAACUUCAAAAAGAAUUUGGCCUUAUACGUUGAUAAAAGGACGAGCUAUAAAACACUGAAACUUGACUUUCUCGAGCUAGUAGAUAUGGAUGAAAAUCACGAGAUCAGAAACAAGCCAACCUUGGGAAUUGAUUCAUUGAGAUCACUAAAGAUAUUUGGCGGACUGCAGAAUUUUGAAAAGGAUAUCUUGUUUGAUUCUAUCAAAUCAAAUAGCAACGUAUGUUCAAUGAGCUCCACAGUUUUUGAUUUCAAGUUUGAGAUUGAGAGGAUCAUCAUGGACAAAGCUUUACUAGAUGAGGAUAAAUUAAUGAACCUGAAACUGAUUUUUAAUUUUGUUGACAGUUUUAUUUUGCUAAACGAUGAUAAGGAAACUUCCAGACGGAAUAAAAGAAGAAACAAAAAAUUUCUUGGAGGAAGUGACAAUAAUCUUGACAACUAUUUCAACCUGGAUGAUAAAGAGGAUAAUUUCUCUAACAACGAUGUAUCUAGAGGGUUGAACUACCUGAACAUUGAAUUUAUUGAGAAGUUAAAGAAAGAGCUAUUCUCUAAGUAG